UGCUCACACCUCCUCCACCAUUGCCACCACCAAUACAGGGAUAUGCCUUUAAACCUCCUCCUCGACCAGAUUUUGGCACUUCUGGGAGAACAAUCAAACUGCAGGCCAACUUCUUUGAAAUGGACAUUCCUAAAAUAGAUAUCUACCAUUAUGAAUUGGAUAUAAAGCCGGAAAAAUGCCCUAGAAGAGUUAACAGAGAAAUUGUGGAGCAUAUGGUUCAGCACUUUAAAACCCAGAUUUUUGGGGAUCGCAAGCCAGUGUUUGAUGGAAGAAAAAACCUUUAUACAGCCAUGCCACUUCCCAUCGGGAGAGAUAAAGUGGAGCUGGAGGUCACGCUGCCAGGAGAAGGAAAGGACAGAAUAUUUAAGGUGGCUAUAAAGUGGAUGUCCUGUGUGAGUUUGCAGGCUUUACAUGAUGCUCUGUCUGGUCGGCUGCCAAGUGUCCCGUUUGAAACCAUCCAGGCACUGGAUGUAGUGAUGAGGCACUUGCCUUCCAUGAGAUAUACUCCUGUGGGGAGAUCUUUUUUCACAGCAUCAGAAGGGUGCUCAAAUCCUUUGGGUGGUGGCAGAGAAGUUUGGUUUGGCUUCCACCAAUCAGUCAGACCUUCCUUAUGGAAAAUGAUGUUAAAUAUUGAUGUGUCUGCAACUGCAUUUUACAAAGCACAGCCAGUUAUCGAGUUUGUAUGUGAAGUUUUGGACUUCAAAAGUAUUGAAGAACAACAGAAACCUCUGACAGAUUCCCAAAGGGUAAAGUUUACCAAAGAAAUCAAAGGUCUGAAGGUGGAGAUAACACACUGUGGACAAAUGAAAAGGAAGUACAGAGUGUGCAAUGUCACCAGACGACCAGCAAGUCACCAAACGUUUCCCAAAAAAAAAAUGGACAAACAAUGCACUGUAGCUCAGUAUUUUAAGGACAGGCAUAAAUUAGUUUUACGCUACCCUCACCUUCCAUGUUUACAAGUUGGACAGGAGCAGAAACACACAUACCUUCCUCUGGAGGUGUGCAACAUAGUGGCAGGACAAAGAUGCAUAAAGAAACUCACUGACAAUCAAACUUCCACUAUGAUUCGAGCGACUGCCAGAUCAGCACCUGAUCGUCAAGAGGAGAUUAGCAAGUUGAUGCGGAGUGCGAGUUUCAACACCGACCCUUACGUUCGUGAGUUUGGAAUCAUGGUCAAAGAUGAAAUGACAGAUGUGACUGGCAGAGUCCUCCAGCCUCCUUCCAUCCUCUAUGGAGGCAGGAAUAAGGCAAUUGCUACACCAGUUCAAGGAGUGUGGGACAUGAGGAAUAAACAAUUUCACACUGGAAUUGAAAUAAAGGUUUGGGCAAUUGCCUGCUUUGCUCCCCAGCGCCAAUGCACUGAAGUUCAUCUUAAGUCCUUUACAGAACAGCUGAGAAAGAUUUCCAGAGAUGCUGGGAUGCCAAUCCAGGGGCAGCCGUGCUUCUGUAAAUAUGCACAGGGAGCUGACAGUGUGGAGCCCAUGUUCAGACACCUCAAGAACACCUACACUGGGCUGCAGCUUGUCGUGGUGAUUCUGCCAGGAAAAACACCAGUCUAUGCGGAGGUGAAGCGCGUCGGGGACACUGUGCUGGGAAUGGCUACACAGUGUGUUCAGAUGAAAAACGUCCAAAGAACAACCCCACAGACUCUGUCUAACCUCUGCUUAAAAAUAAAUGUCAAAUUAGGAGGCGUAAAUAACAUUUUACUGCCACAGGGAAGACCCCCAGUAUUCCAGCAGCCUGUCAUAUUCCUUGGUGCAGAUGUAACUCAUCCUCCAGCUGGAGAUGGGAAAAAGCCUUCCAUCGCUGCAGUUGUAGGAAGCAUGGAUGCUCAUCCCAAUCGAUACUGUGCCACUGUUCGGGUCCAGCAGCACCGCCAAGAAAUCAUCCAGGAUUUGGCUGCCAUGGUCAGGGAGUUGCUUAUCCAGUUCUACAAAUCCACGAGAUUUAAACCAACUCGUAUCAUCUUCUACAGGGAUGGUGUCUCUGAGGGGCAGUUUCAACAGGUCCUCCACCAUGAGUUGCUGGCUAUCAGAGAGGCUUGCAUUAAACUCGAGAAGGAUUAUCAACCUGGAAUCACUUUCAUAGUUGUGCAGAAAAGGCAUCACACCAGACUCUUCUGCACAGACAAAAAUGAACGG